GCCUACAGUCGAUUAAUAAUAAGACACUUCAUCACAAAAACUCCGAAUCUCGUCGAUUUCGAUCUUGCGCAGCACUGAAUUGAGCACCUCGACAUAAUUGACAAUUGGCAAGUGCACUACAAUCACCAGCACUCGCCGUUAGCCGAUUCACGUGCUCCGAAUCCCUCACUCCUUUGCACGCUUCCCCUCGGAGCGCUGGGAGCUCGCCACCAACAACUGCAGUAGCUCGCAGGGGGUUCAAUUCUACCGAAUGCUAUCGCUGUCAUAAUACAUAAUUACCACAUAUAUAUAAUCGAAACGAAACGAUGAUCCCACGGUCUCGCGUCUCGGGGCGCAUUCUCCUCGAGCAUGCCACGCACACCCACGCCCGACGUCUUACUCCCUCUGCUGCCCGUGCCAGCAUCCGAUCGACCAAAUAUACCCAAACCGCACAGGGAAGAUUCUGCCAGCAUAGCCCAUUUUCGACGUCAAGAUGGCUGAACAAGGACAGCAAAGACAAGGGCAACUUCUUCGACUCGCAGAUUGAGCCUGCGACGGAGCCACUCUCCGAAGAAGAGAUCAAGGCGAAUCUCGAGAACAAAAAGAAGGAGUUUGCUGCCGCCGAGAGCAAAGCAGCUGAAUCCAAUGCAUCUUCUUCCAAAACCGAAAGCAGCGGUGCGGAAAAAGAAGAUGGCAAAAGCGGUGCUGGCAGCGCGGCUGGUGGUUCUAGCUCCGGCGGUGAUGGAUCUUCUGGUAACGGCGGUCGCAAAGGCCGCAAAUCUGCCGAAAAGGCUCUGACGAAGCCCGUUGUUCCUGACGUAUACCCUCAAGUGCUUGCAAUCCCCAUUGCGCGACGACCUCUCUUCCCCGGCUUCUACAAGGCCAUCACCAUCAAGGACCCCGAUGUCGCCACCGCAAUUACAGAGUCCAUCAAGCGCGGCCAGCCGUACGUUGGUGCUUUCUUGUUCAAGGACGAAAAUGAGGACUCUGACGUGAUUCGCAAUGUUGACGAUGUGUACGAUGUCGGUGUCUUUGCCCAGAUUACAAGCGCUUUCCCCAUCCACGGACAAGAAGGCGCUCUGACUGCCAUUCUCUAUCCUCACCGCCGAAUUAAGCUCUCUAGCCUGGUUCCUCCAGGUGGUGCUGAUGUCAAGAAGGCAGACACUAAGGCUGAGCCCGAAACACCCGAACCCGUCCCUCAAAAGUCGACUGCUACAACAACACCCGCCGAAGAGGAUACAACGAGCGAGAAGAAGGGCGAUGUCGUGGCGAGUUUCGAGGAGACCACUGUCGACAAGAAGCCUGACCAGGCUGCUGACAAGUACGAGCCCACCUCGUUCCUUAAGAAAUACCCCGUUAGUCUUGUCAACGUCGAUAAUCUCACAGACGAGCCCUACGAUCCCAAGAGCCCGGUCAUCCGCGCCGUUACAAACGAAAUUGUCAACGUCUUCAAGGAGGUUGCAACUAUGAACAACCUCUUCCGCGAUCAGAUUUCGACCUUCUCCAUGAGCCAGUCGACAGGAAACGUCACCUCAGAGCCCGCCAAGCUUGCCGACUUUGCCGCCGCAGUCUCCUCUGGCGAGCAAACGGAGCUCCAGGAGGUUUUGUCCUGCAUGAACAUUGAAGAGAGAAUGCAGAAGGCUCUGAUUGUUCUCAAGAAGGAGCUGAUGAAUGCACAGCUGCAAUCCAAGAUCACCAAGGAUGUCGAAAGCAAGAUUAGCAAGCGCCAGCGCGAGUACUGGCUGAUGGAGCAGAUGAAGGGCAUCCGUCGCGAGCUUGGUCUCGAGUCUGACGGCAAGGACAAGCUGAUUGAGAAGUUCAAGGAAAAGGCUGACAAGCUUGCCAUGCCUGAACCCGUCCGCAAGGUGUUUGAUGAGGAGAUUAACAAGCUAGCUCACCUUGAGACCGCCGCAUCCGAGUUCAACGUCACCCGAAACUACCUCGACUGGCUAACACAGAUUCCCUGGGGCCAGAGCAGCGCCGAAAACUUUGGCAUUCCCAAUGCCGUCAAGGUGCUCGAUGAGGAUCACUACGGCCUCAAGGAUGUCAAGGACCGCAUCUUGGAAUUCAUUGCUGUUGGCAAGCUCCGAGGCUCUGUGGAAGGCAAGAUUCUCUGCUUUGUCGGCCCUCCUGGUGUCGGUAAGACCAGUAUUGGUAAAUCGAUUGCUAGAGCUCUGAACAGGGAAUACUACCGCUUCAGUGUUGGUGGUUUGACCGAUGUUGCCGAGAUCAAGGGUCACCGCCGAACCUACGUCGGUGCUCUGCCUGGCCGCAUCAUCCAGGCGCUGAAGAAGUGCCAGACUGAGAACCCUCUCAUCCUGAUUGACGAAGUCGACAAGAUUGGCCGCGGAUACCAAGGUGACCCAUCAUCCGCUCUACUAGAGUUGCUUGACCCAGAGCAAAACAGCUCCUUCUUGGACCACUACAUGGAUGUCCCUGUCGAUCUGUCCAAGGUGCUGUUCGUCUGCACAGCCAACAUGACUGAUACCAUUCCUCGCCCUCUGCUUGACCGCAUGGAGCUCAUCACCCUCUCCGGUUAUGUUGCCGAUGAGAAGAAGGCCAUUGCCAACAAAUACCUCGGUCCCGCUGCCAAGGAGGCUGCUGGUCUUCAGAACGCAAACGUCAACUUGACAGACGAGGCCAUUGAAGAGCUCAUCAAGUCUUACUGCCGCGAGUCUGGCGUGCGUAACCUCAAGAAGCAAAUUGAAAAGGUCUACCGCAAGUCUGCCUUGAAGAUUGUCCAAGAUUUAGGCGAGGAUGUUUUGCCUGAAGAGGAUGCUCUCACUGAGGAGGGCAAGAAGGCUGCUGAAGAGGCUGAGAAGAAGCCCGUUGAGACGGAAGAGGGCAAGGAACAGCCUUCCACCGAGGCCAAGGAGGGCGAGACUACCGAGAAGCCUCGCAAGGCUUUACAGGUACCCGACUCUGUCAACAUUGAGAUUGGCAAGGACAACUUGACCGACUACAUUGGCCCUCCCGUCUUCACAUCGGACCGCUUGUACGACGUCAGCCCCCCUGGUGUAUCUAUGGGUCUCGCGUGGACGCAGAUGGGCGGCGCAGCCAUGUACAUUGAGUCGAUUCUGCAGGCUCCUCUGCGCCCCAGCACACGUCCUGGCCUUGAGAUUACGGGUAACCUGAAGAAUGUCAUGAAGGAGUCGACGGCGAUUGCCUACUCCUUCUCCAAGUCGUUCAUGGUCAAGCAGUUCCCCGACAACCCCUUCUUCGACAAGGCCAAGAUUCACUUGCACGUGCCUGAUGGUGCUGUGUCCAAGGACGGCCCCUCUGCCGGUAUCACCAUGACCACGUCGUUCCUCUCGCUUGCGCUAGACGUCCCUGUUGAGCCUACCGUUGCCAUGACGGGUGAGAUUACGCUGACUGGCAAGGUUCUCAGAAUCGGCGGUCUUCGCGAGAAGACUGUUGCAGCCAGACGCGCUGGCUGCAAGACCAUCAUCUUCCCCAAGGACAACAUGUCUGACUGGAUCGAGUUGCCUGCGAACAUCAAGGAAGGUCUUGAGGGCCACCCUGUCGCCUGGUACUCUGAUGUCUUCGACAUUGUCUUCCCCAACCUCGACCGCGAGGCAGCCAACCGCAGCCGCAUCGAGAAGCCCAAGGACGACAAGGAGAAGUCGGAUGAUGACGAGUAAGCAUUUCAAAAGUGGCUAGGAAAGGGAAAAAAGAAAGAGGCCCCAAGCAUAUUCUGGCGUCGCUGUUUUUGUCUUUUUUCAAAAAGUCCAUCUUCAUUCAUUCAGACCGGCAAGAGAGCUGCUCUGUGUAUUUAUAUUGACAAGCUGGGGAAUUUCUUUGUUUUUUUUUAUUUGGAAGAAGAGGAGGAAUUGCACUUGUAUAGAAAACCUAGACAUGAAUAUCUCAAUGAAAAUAUCAACUCACC